AUGGAUUUCUUUUAAGAAGAAGAAGAAGAAGAACAUCCAGAAUAAAAAGGAUGUUGUGCAUUUUUAACAAUCAAAUAUUAUUAACCAUACUUUAAUGUCUCUGAAGAUGAUGUGAUUGAUAGAGUUAAAGCUUCAUUUCUCCCAUUUAGGAAGGACUUUCAUGAACGUGUUGCAGGAAAUCCUGAUCUGUAAAUGCAAUUUUAUAUAUCUAGAUGGGGUCCAUUAUGGAUUAGUGCAACAAUUAUCUUCCUCAUUACAGCUGUCGCAAAUAUUAACUAAAUGAAUUUAGAAGGAUAAACAACAUAUUCAGUAGCUUAUGUUCCAUAAUCAGCAGCACUUUUGUAUUGCAUAAGUUUUGGAACUCCAGUCAUUCUUACACUUGUAAUGAAGAUUCUAGGUAGUGAUAUCAGAUUCUUUCAUACACUGUGUCUUUAUGGCUAUUCCAUGUCAAUUUUAAUGCCUAUCACUAUUUUAUGUGUAAUUCGAAAUUCUAUUCUUUAAUGGUGCUUAGUUGGCUAUGGUAUGAUCAGCUCAUCAAGUUUCUUAAUAAUGGGAAUGAGAAAGUAUAAAAAUAAAUUAAAUUAGAAUUUUAGGUGAUUUGGAAUAAUCCAAAAGAUAUAUUAUUAUUGGGAUUGUAUUAGCUAUGUAAUUUAGUCUAUAUCUGCUUUAUAAACUAGUAUUUUUUAAAGUUAUAGAAAAGAAUUCAACAGAAUGA